CCACACAUCUUGUGUAGAUCACAUUUGUUCACAGCAAGAAACAAAAAUUUCUAGCAAAGAAUGAAGAAAGCAGAGGCGGUGCUAAUCCCCUUACCUGCUAUUGGCCAUAUUGUAGCAGUAGUGGAGAUGGCUAAGCUUCUUGCUCAACGUGAUGAUCGACUUUACACAACUGUGUUGGUAAUGCAUCCAACUGUUGACCCCAACACUAUCAAUUACAUGGAGUCAAUUACUGCAUCAACUCUCCCUGAUCGUAUGCGAGUCAUUAACUUGCCCAGGGUUGAGCCCAUAACAUCAGAUAUUGAACCCAAUAAAUGGCUUCGUUCUUUGGUUGAAGGGCAAAAAACCCACGUCAAAGAAUAUGUUUCAAAGAUAAGAACUCAAUUCGAGAUGAAUCCGAACUCCCCUCGCCUUGCCGGAUUCAUUUUCGAUACGUUUGCUGCUAGGAUGAAAGAUGUGCUUAAUGAAUUUGGAGUUCCCUGGUAUGUUUUUUCUGCUUCAGGUGCAGCUUUUAUUGGCAACAUGUUGCAUCUUACUGCUCUUCAUGAUGAGCAGGGAGUUGACCUUACCGAGUUGAAGAACUCAGAGGAUGAAUUGAAAAUUCCGUGUUUGGCGAGCCCAAUUCCUGCUAAACUUGUGCCUUCCAUGGUGUUCGAGAAAGACUCACUGACUGCUUUUCUUGAACAUGCUCGGUUAUUGACUGAGGCUAGGGGUAUUUUGAUCAAUACAUUUUUAGGGUUCGAAUCCUAUGCAAUUAACUCUCUGUCAGAUGGUAAAACCCCUCCUGUGUACCCGGUUGGUCCCAUUGUGAAACAUGUAGGAGAUGGUGGUGAUCCGAUGUCGGAUGAGAGCACCAAUUAUAGGGACAUCAUGGAAUGGCUAAAUGAUCACCCUCCAUUAUCGGUUGUGUUCUUAUGCUUUGGAAGCUGGGGAAGUUUUAAAGAGAAACAAGUGAAAGAGAUCGCAAUUGCACUUGAGCAUAGCGGGCAUCGGUUCUUAUGGUCCCUCCGGAAACCUUCACAGAACGAUGAAAUUCAAUCUCCCAGUGAUUAUGAAGAUUUUCAAAGUAUUUUACCCCAAGGUUUCUUAGAUAGAACGGCUAAGAUUGGGAAGGUAAUUGGAUGGGCUCCACAAGUGGAAAUCUUGUCUCAUUCAGCUGUGGGAGGGUUUGCUUCACAUUGUGGAUGGAAUUCUAUACUGGAGAGUUUAAGAUUUGGUGUUCCAAUCGCCACUUGGCCAUUAUAUGCAGAGCAACAAUUUAAUGCUUUUAUGUUAAUUGUUGAGUUAGGGUUUGGAGUGGAGAUUAAAAUGGAUUAUAGAAGCGAAUUUAACUGGGAUGGCAAUGAAAAUAUUAUUAGUGCCGGGGAAAUAGAGAGAGGAGUAAGGUGUUUAAUGGAGCUUGGCUCGGAAAAGGUGGAGAAGUUGAAGGGGCUGAGUGGAAAGAGCAGGAAGGCUUUGGAGAACGGUGGAUCCUCGUUCACUUGGCUAGGUCGUUUCAUUCAAGAUUUGGUGGACCACCUAUCAUGAUUAAAGUGUACUCUCUUCGAGUUAUUUGAUACGAAGUCUUUCAAUUGAUA